AGGAUCAUAAUCAGAGGAAAUAACACCACAUGCAGUGGUGAACAAUGACAGCAUUUCCAUAAUUCAGUAGUUCCUAGAACCAAUUUUUACCAUAAUAACGUGCAGUAAUAAUUUUCUGUGUCUCACGUCACCGUUACACUGUUUCUUCUAUGCACUGAGGUUUAUGGACAGCUCUCUUACUGUCCUGCCAGUCAGGUUGAUGUUUGAACACUGUAAAACCUCUAUUCUUUUGUUUUUCUGUUUUAGAUUUGCUGCUGUUCUUCGGAUCAUUAUCCUUUGAAUGACCCAAUUUCAGGCAAACUUUAGCUGUCACACAGAUGGCCUCACAUUUGACUCUAGAAUACUUUGGUAUACAGAGGAGCUCAUGGCCACCUUGGUGAUUGCAAGGUGUCCAGGUCCAAAUGAGCCAUUCAUGUUCAAUUCUUUUCUUAUUGUACUAUAAUGAACUUUAACACAUGCUGACUGAGUCUGAGACGUGACUGUUGGAUUUAGUUUUGGUUUUUUUGUUUGUUUUCAGUUUCUCUGACCUUUGCGCUGUCUGACCUUGAAGUGAAUUUUCCAGGAUACCCACUUCCGGGAAAAUCGCGGCAUUGUCCUGAAUGCUCCAAGCUAGCAAACAGCCAGAACGUCUGCUUUUGUAGAGGCAGUCACCUCUGCUGAUGGUCAACAAAUCAAGUGCGAAUUAAGUUUGAUUGCCCUCAAAUUCCCCUGGAAGAAUGGGACAUAGUUUUUCACAGGACUGCAUCCUGUGAAAUGUCCCCUCCCCCCCACAUAACUGUAAUGUCUUAUUAACAGGAUUAGAGAAGAACAAAUAGAUGUCACUAUGGGGACACCAACAAGCUAAAAUGGUCUAAGUAUUUUAUUUAUUGAUUUUAUUAAAUUUUAUUGUUUAUUUACAUUUUUAUAUUUCUAUGGAUGAUGCACUGAUCGUAGACCACUUUUAAUUUCGUUGUACCUGCGACAAUGACAGUAAAGACAUUCUGAAUCUAACUGACCAGCCAACAGUCCACAGCAAUGUUUACAAGCACGUAUGAAGGGAAAUGUAUAUCCUUCUAUAACUGAACAGCUACAUCCGGGUAGUGUUUUGCAUUUUCCUUGGCAAAAAAAAUCUAACAGACCCUUUUUUGUUUUCUGACUUGUUCAUUUAUCCCUACAGAGAUAUGGAAACCGUAUUUGUUUUUCCCUGUUAUUGUUUUGAAUAGACUGUUAAAGCUCGAGUUUUACUAUCAGGUUUUGCUCUGUUGAUCCAGUGGAUAAUUGAUUGAGCCACAGGCUCAUGGGGUCCUGUCACUCGCUGGGCUGAGCGCCUGGCUGAGGGCUGACAGACUCAGGCUACACGUGAUGGUCGGUGCGCGUCACCGAAGCGCUGUCGCUCGCCUGGAGACUGGAGCAGGGCUGACUGACACUGUGUGCAGCAGGCUACUGUAAAUAAAGAAUAAAAGCCCAACAAACUAACAGGGAACAAAUAAGCAAGCUAGGAAUUAUCGAGUCAGCUGACUCUAGUUUUUUUCUCUCUCAUUCAUUCUCCGAGUUGUCUCUCAGGGUGUUUUUUUUUCUCCAGAUUUGAACGUGCCAAGUAAAGGGAACGCAAAACAUGGCUGGUUUGAUGGCAGGUUACGGUCAUUACACCCACGCCGUCGUCCGGGGAAUCCCUGCGUCCCUGGCCAAAGAAGCGCUUCGGAGCAGCCAGACAGAGGUGGACCUGGCCAAGGCGGUGAAGGAGCACGAGGCAUACGUCGAGGUCCUGAGGACGAGGCUCGGGCUGGAGGUGGUCGAGCUCCCCGCGGACGAGUCACUCCCGGACUGCGUGUUCGUGGAGGACGCGGCCGUGGUGUGCGGUGACACGGCGCUCAUCACCAGACCCGGGGCUGAGAGCAGGAGAGGAGAGACGGAGGCAAUGAAAGGGGCUCUGAAGGAUUUAAAUCUGAACAUUGUGGAAAUGACUGAUGAGAAUGCGACACUGGAUGGAGGAGAUGUCCUUUUUACGGGUCGAGAGUUCUUCGUGGGACUUUCCAAACGGACCAAUCAGAGAGGAGCAGAGAUCUUAGCAGAUGCAUUUAAGGACUAUGCCGUUUCCACUGUGCCUGUGCUCGACGGCCUGCACCUGAAGAGCUUCUGCAGCAUGGGAGGACCAGGCCUUAUUGUAAUCGGCUCCAGUGAACCAGCACAGAAAGCCCUCAAAAUAAUGCAGCAGAUGAGUGACCAUCGCUACGACAAACUAACAGUGCCCGACGACCUCGCCGCCAACUGCAUCUACAUGAACCUGCCCAGCAAGGGACACGUGCUUCUACACUGCACAGCAGAGGAGUUUCCAGAGAGUGCAAAGGUGUUUGAGAAGCUGAAGGACCACAUGCUGAUACCCGUGUCCAACUUGGAGAAGGUCAAAGUGGAUGGAGCCCUAACAUGCUGCUCUGUCCUCAUCAACAAGAAGGCCAACAUCUGAGCGGGGUCACUAGGGGUCUCUCAGUGCAUGGUAACCAAGCGGAGCCUUUAACUAAUCACCAUGGAUCCCAAGGUUUGACUGUCCUGGUAUACAGAGGAGGUGUAGGGAAGUUUAAUGUUGCUGAGGGGCAAAGGGAGUAAUGUCUACCCUUUCACUCCAAAACACUAAAAUAACAUUAAAAGUGUGAAAGAAUAGUUCAGUUGAUUUAAAAUACAAUAUGUUUGUCACAUUUUCUCCUAAUUAAUUAAUUUGUAAUUUUCCAAUAGCAUAUGCUGCUUCACUUGUCUACAAGCUGUUGUCAUUAAUUAUAAGUGUAUCUGAUAAAGACCUGAUCCCAGAUCAGAUUAGUCAGCCAUGUUGAAUUUCCCCUUUAACCUGCACAGCAGCAACUGCUCAUUAGUAGAACCACACUUACUUACUGUCCAGUGUUUACAACUCUUUAAAAGAACCACACAGAACAGAGCGCUGGCGACAGACCCAGUGGGACCUGUCAGCUGUUGUCUCUGUAUAGUCUUACCAACAUUUGACUUCAGAUGUAUUAAUAAUUCAACUAAUUCAGACAUCAUUUGGGUACAAAAAAAGAUACAAUUGAUGUGCAUUGUUUAUGUUCACCCUUUUAACUGUGAUUUCAUCUUUCUGCGUGUUUGCUUAUGUAAUGAAUUGUACACUAAUUCUUCAAGAACUAUGUUUUGGAGCAAGUCCUGCUACGAUGUGAUAUAAAAUCUCAAUGUGAUUGUUGCAGUUACAUUUUUUUCCUCUUGUAUGUUGAAUUGCUUCUAUUCCUUUACAAGUGGUGCUAAAACAAACUUCCAAAACCAUAACAUUGCUUAUUAAUUCAAAAAGAUAUUUUGAAUUCUUAUUCUGAAAGUACAGUUCUUAAAAUACUUGAAAAGCCUUGUGGAGAUGUGAGAUUGUGGUGUGAUUACAGUGAUUUUUUUUUUUUUUGCAUUAUAACUUGUUUUUCAUUAAAGCCACCCGAUAGAGAAGCUACCAGUGACUGAAGAUUAUAUGUAAAAGAUGGAUGUCACCUCCCAAUCUGGGGAAAAAGAAAACAAAAAAAUAUUACGCUCGUGUGGAAGUGCCUUAAACCUGCAUUACUUAUAAUGGGCACCAGGGGGCGACACCUCUUGUUGCAAAACGAAGAAAAGAUCAUGGAUUGUAUGGAAGUCUACAAGAAAAUGAUCCUACUUUGCAUUUGUUGUAUGACUUCAGAAAACAUGGAUGAGUUUAUAGUCUCAGUCGGUGUCCGAUUAAAAAAAAAAUGCCAUCGUAUCGGCAUCAAUUAAAACAAUAUGGCAUUGUUUUAAUUGAUUUUCAAUGAUGAUCUAUUUAGGGUAAAACACAUAAAGGUAAAGAUGAAGAAGGCUAUUCUUUAGCGUCCAAUGUCACUUGUUUUUUGUUUUGUUUUAUUUAGUCAGAUCUACUCCUUGCUCGUCCAAGUUCAAAACAUUAAGAUGGUGAUGACAAAAAUGCUCCUUGCAAACCAAUGUGUAGCUGCAUCCAUCUUUUAUAUACAGUCUAUGGCAGUAACUGGUCAAGUGAUGCUAUAUUGCAGUGGUUUCAUAACAUUUUGUUGAUGUAAACAUUGUAUAAACAAAGAGGGGAUGACAGACAUGUAAGAAAGACUUUGUGCCAACCCGGCAGAGGUGGAAAAUGUCAUUAUUAAACUCUGAACUAGACUUUCAUUUA